CUAACACUCAGAAACUCAUGCUUCCCGAAAAGCCACGAAGAGCGUGGGCUUGUUCCUCGAAUUGUUGGAUUUGCGAGAGGAUGUCUCCAAGAAGUCUGGGCAUCGGAGCAGAAAUUCAAAGACCAAGCUGAUGGGGCUGAUGGGUACCGAGUACAAAGGACGCACUCCAAACGUUCAGCUUAGGAUAGCGGGUAGCUGGCCUACUCUGGAGUAUCUGCUAACGGUAAUCUCUGGAAAUGAUUUCUCUAUUUUGGAGUUGUGAGAAAGUAUGCGGAGCAAGAAGGCUGGUGUACAGGACAAACACAAAGCAAGGUGGCUGUGCAUCUUUUCUUUCACAAAUUGUUUAAUUACCAUGUUUACUAUUGUUUGCUAAAGUAAAAAAGUAGUCAUUGUAGGACGAUCAUAGGUUUGGACUUGCACGGCCACAAUCCCUCCGAAAAUUUAGUGCAGAGAUUUGUUGCAUAUGAUUAGUCUUUUAGUCCAUUGAAGCAAAGACAACCUUGAAACGCAGCCAACUUUUCAUGAUUUGCGUGUGGGAAGUUCCACCAUAAAUGAACGGGUUCUUUCUUGACCGCGGACAAGACAUUGUGCUUCACUCCUCGAGCAAAGGCGUACUCCAUAUUCCAUUUGGUCAAUCUAAGGACUGCGCAAUGUCAAGUUGAAGACCAGCGAACAGUUGGUGCCAUGCUAUUGUUGAUAUUGAUUCAGAUGCCUUUGUUUUCAUGCAGUUGUUAAGGCGCUUGAUCAAUUUCUUAGAGCAUGUCAACGUUCCGCUUGGUGCACACAUGGCUUCUCACACGAGGAGUAUGCUUGUAGCUGCCCCUAAGAGCCUAGAUUGCUGGAAAGUUUAUUCUUGCUUGAGCGUGUUGAAGUUUCAUGCAGAUACCAACCACGCAGCUUGCACAAAAUAGGAUUUUCACGCGAAAGACAAGACAAACACGUCUUCACUCAAAAUCCUUUUUUGGUCCAAGCAGCUGACUUCCACCAAGCAGCUGUGUACACCAUGCAGCGGCCGCUCUGGUGUUGCACGGCGCAUGUGGACGAGACCGAGGACCGCUGUGUCUCUGCCGCCUUCCAACCUUUGCCUCAUGUGGUCCUUUCUACAAAGUACGAACCACCUUGGCUCCAGAUUUCGAAAAACAUGAAGGACAUUCUGGAAAAGCAUGGUUGUUCGGUGUAUAACCCCAACACCGACAACGAGGCAGCAAAUAAACAUGAAGCUGAUGCCCAAUGGCUCCGGACUUUCAAUCGACAUUUGGAGGUUGUGAAACAGACGAAAGGAUUUGUCCUGCAGAUUCAGCAGGGGGCAAAGCGGGAAAGAACCGAUAUGCAACUUGCAGAGGAAAAGCAGGCAGGAUGGCUUCAGGUACCUCGAAUCGGCAUCUAUGCCUUUGCCGAAGAGUUUCCUCUUGAGGGCACUGUGGUUGAGACUUCCUUGAUCAGAGCCAUUGACAUGGCCAAAGAGCAGUGGGACCAUGGAAUUGCGAAAGGGGUUAUGAUGUGCAGCGAAAUUUGGGAAACAGUGCAAUUCACGGUUGACGCGGUGGGCAGUGUCACGGGCCCAGCAAAGGUCAAGUUCCCAGAUGGUGCCACCAUGGAGGGCUAUUUCGUGCGUGGCCUGAAGCAUGGUUCACGCAGGUACCAAUCGCGGGAUGGCCGCGUUGAAUUGGGCCUCUACUCUAUGGACGUUCCAAUUGUCGAAAUCCAUCGGAGCACAUCUGGAAACUUCUUCAAGUUCAAAGACGGAGAAGAAUUGGAGCAGAUCUCUCCUAAGGAGGCUGAAGAAAUACAGCAAGGCUACGUUUUACCGCCUUGGUGAAUGCCUGAGCGGAUGUGAUGGAGAGGUUGACCCUUUGCGAUGAAGAAUGAACGCUCACGAAAGCACGUUAUAGUUUUGUUUGAAGUUCUCAAG